GGAAAUUUUAUUUCAGAACACAUUCUAGUUAUGCCAUUAGCUAACCAACAGACUAAUUUCUUGUGCCCGAGCAGCUGAAUGGUGCCUUAGCAAUCAGGGUCUUUAGGACCCCGCAGACACCUACCAUACGUCCACUGGGCGGAGAACCAGGCGGAGAAAGGUGAAACUGACCUCAGAGGACUGAUCAGAGGUCAGUUUGGGAAUUUCCCAAUGAGGACAAAACAUGUGAAAACUGCCAGGGACACUGAACCCCAAUCAGCUCAUCCAAAAGUACUAGCUACGCAUUUUUAUAACGACGUGGAGGGAGAAAACAGAAUGCUAAGGUUUAGCUAGCAUACAAAGAGUUGACAUAUACACGCUAUUGUUAUGAUUCUAAAGUUUAAUAUAAUAAUUAUUCCACCCUCAAGUCCUCCUGAGCGAUCAAAAUGGCCAAUGGAUGGUGUUUGGGUUAGCGACGCCCCGCAGCUUUGAUGCAGCAAAGAGCAAAGAUCCAGAUCAGACGUCCAUCAUAAUCUGCAGUGUCAACAUCCCCAGACAACUCCUUUGGGUGGAGGUUAUGCUGUAAACCAGAUUGUCUGGAUUAGCUAUGCAAGCAAACACAACGCGGGGCUUCUUGUGGUCGGACGUAGAAACGAGGACCUUGUUAAACAUCUGGGGGGAGCAGGACAUUCAGGUGGCGCUAGAUGGAAACUUCAGAAAUAGCUUCGUGUACCGCGACGUUUCCCGCAGGCUGGGAGUGAUGGGGUUUGAAAGGACUCCGGAACAAUGCAGAGUGCGGAUCAAAAGCCUCAAAAGACAGUACCUGUUAGCGAAAGAGGGGAAUCUGCGGAACAAUGGACAGUAUCACAAGAUAUGUAAGUUUUAUGACACUAUGGAGAGGAUUUUGAGCAACCGACCGGUACUUGACCCGCAGGAGCUGAUGGAUAGUGGGCAGGGAGUGGAGGAGGCCGGGGAAGGCCUGGAGGAGGAUGGAGAGGAUGCUCAGGAUGCAUACCUGGAGAGCACAAGAGAAUGUCCUUAUCCUGCUGAGACUGAGGUGAAGCUGGAGUAUCCAACUGUCCCCAUCCCUAUUCCAGUUAAAGUGACAGUGGGCAAUAACAGCACCACAGUAAAACCACACAACAGCAACCAGUCAGUGUGUAAUUUGUCAACGAGAACGCCUAAAAGGCCCAGAAAACGGCGUUCAAACUUUCCCAUGGAGAAACUUAUGGAGCAGUUCUUGGAGCAGAGUGCCCAAGCUGAAGACAGCUUUUAUCGCAUGGAGGAACAGCGGCUGCAAGCGGAGGAUCGCCGUCGUGAAGCUGAGCAUGCCAGGGAGCUGCACAUGCUUCAGAUGCUUGGUCAGAUGUUCUCCGGCAUCUCCUCAGCCAGGCCCAGCUCAGCUGCCACUCCCACCAAGACUGCCCCUCCCCGCCCUCCGGUCAUCUCCACUGCCUCCUCGUCACAUGCACGUGGCCUAUCCAGUCAACACAAACGCCCUUCACCCCAGACAGACUGUUUCAACCAACAGACCCAACUGUUGAACACAGACCCACAGACAUUAGUGUUUGAGCGCUACUACAGUUUGGGCUCUUCAUCACACAAAGGCAUGGAUGAUGACAUCUUUUCACUAGUAAAGAGCAUAGUUCCUCCACUGACAUCUAAAAAGCACAAGGGACAAGAUGGACGUAUUGGGAUCAUUGGCGGAUGCCAAGACUAUACCGGUGCACCAUACUUUGCCGCCAUCUCCGCACUGAAAGUGGGAGCUGACUUGUCUCAUGUGUUCUGCACCAAAGAUGCUGCUACUGUGAUCAAAUCGUACAGUCCAGAACUCAUAGUUCAUCCUGUUCUGGACAGUCCUAAUGCUGUGGAAGAAAUAGAAAAGUGGCUCCCAAGACUUCACAGCCUUGUAGUGGGACCAGGACUCGGCAGAGAAGACGUUUUACUGAAAACAGCCAAGGAAGUGAUUGAAAGAUCCAAAGCGAAAGAUAUUCCUAUAGUCAUUGAUGCAGACGGAUUAUGGUUAGUUACACAGCAACCAUCUGUUAUUCAAGGGUACCAGAAGGGUAUCCUCACACCUAACUUCAUGGAGUUCACCCGACUGUAUGAGGCACUGCACCACGAGCCCAUGAAUGCCAGCGACCAUCAACGCAGCGUCAUGCAACUCAGUGGAGUUAUGGGCAACAUCACUCUGGUGCUUAAGGGUGAACGGGAUCUCAUUUCGGAUGGCAGCAAAGUGUACUCAUGCAGUGUUGAGGGCAGCGGGAGAAGAUGUGGUGGACAAGGUGAUCUCCUGUCUGGAUCUAUGGGAGUGCUGGCUCACUGGGCUCAUGCUGCCUCUGCAAUGGGAGUGAUCAGAAGUGUGAAUCCAUCAGUGGUUGCAGCAUUUGGUGCCUGUUCACUCACUAGACAGUGCAACAAUCAAGCGUUUCAGCGACACGGCAGGUCCACCACCACCUCAGACAUGAUUCAAGAGAUUGGCCCAGUCUUCAGGAAGCUGUUUGAAAGCUGAGAACUGUCAACAAUCCAAUUUGUUGUAUAAAGCUAUACAGUCAAUGUUUAAAUUUGAUAUCUGGACACAGCCUUAGAGUGCUGAAGAAAUGUGAUGAUCAGCAGGCUAAAUUUUAGUGUCAACUGUGGACUAUUGCUCCAGCGAAGGCACCAGGAUCUGGUGGACAAAAAUGCACACUGAUGUGUUAUUGUAAGUGUAUCAAAUGAAACUAUAAAAAGAAAACCCAACAAACAUAAUUCAGUCUCUGAAACAGUAUGUAGAAUGUGUUCACAUCAAAUGUGUCGAGGUAGCCAAAUUCUUCACAGCCAUCCAAAGAGAUUAAGGCAGUUUGAUUAAUAAGUUAAAACCAUAAGCUUGUUUGAAUAAUAAAAUAAAAGUAAAUUAGA